UGUAAGGAGAACAGUUGAUUGUGGGGUUUCUUCGUCAUCCGGAGACGAUGUGUACUACGGUAACGUACGCGAGAUUUUGGAAAUUCAGUACCCGGGAAUGAUUGGCAUGAGAUGUAUUGUCUUCAACUGUGAGUGGUACGACAACGUUGUUGGUCGCGGAGUAAGCACUGACGCAUUCGGUGUUACAUCUGUACAUUCGCGACGACGACUGGAUUUUUACGAUCCAUUCAUUCUUGCUUCACAAGCUGACCAGGUUUGCUAUAUUCGUUAUCCGCGGAUUAGGCAAAGGAACGAUCCUUGGAUCGUUGUCAUGUCAAUAAAUCCCAGAAGCCGAGUACAAGGAGUAUUUGAUCCACUACAACAACAAUUAACCGAAGAGGACGGCGAGAUUGGAGAGUUUGACGAAGACAAUUCAGAUUCAUCAUGUUCAUCAUCAGAUAAUUCCUCAGAUGGAGAGUAGAUACUCUUUUAUGAAUGUAUAUGCAAAUUACUUUUAAACAUUGUAGAUUUCUUCUAAAAACAAAUUAUGGGUUUGAA